AGAUAAAUAAAAAAUGAGUGAAUCGUUAUUGCCAGAUAAUAUGAUGGAUGCUAUGAAUGCUACAGUGAUGUUUCCAGCGGGCACUGUCGAAACGCGACCCACUCAGCUUUGGGAAGUGAUCGUUGUGAUAUCCUGCCCGGUGUUAUUUGUUCUAUUCUUAUGUUGCUGCAUUGUCUGCAUGAUCAUCAAAAAUUACGAUCGUCAGCCAGCCGUGGAACCGUUACGACGACGAAAUCUUGGACGUAUUAUGCGACAAUUGCCACCACCACCAAAAUAUGACGUCGCAAUCGCCUCCAGUCAAUCGCCGCCUCCACUCUAUUCUGAUCUGGAAAAAGGUGUGAUCUUCGACCCACUUCGAUCGCUGUCCAGUACUGCACCUUCGUCACCAACAAGUCCAGAAGCUCCUCCAAUGGCCAUUCAGUACCUCUACCCACCUCGGUAUGAACCACCAACAGUGCACCACCACUCGACUUGUCGAGAUGCCGAAGACCGAAGCCGAUCUUCAACUCCCAGUGAAGCUCGCGGUCGUGCCAUCACCCAUAGGCCAUCCGUUACCGUAAUUGUCAUGGGUGGCGCUGCAUUAUGACAAUUUUCUCUUUCAUAAUGCUGUAUGAGCGUUUGCUACUUAAGACGAGGCUAAUUCUGCUCAAGACCCGCAUUCUGAAGCGGUUUAUUUAACGUGUACAUAUAACUGCUCAACCAAGCCAUAUGAAGCAGUAGGUUUAUUCCUGGGAGAUAUAAAAGUCAGCACACAAGGCAGAAUUACUGUAACCCUGGCUGACCAGAAGCUCGCAAAAGUAACUCAGGUGCUUCCAAUUUAGUCUCAGAAUUUUUUGUGUGCCUGUACUAAUUCUAGAUAUAAACUUUUUGAAAAAUGUUUGCUGUAUAGUCUUGAAAAAUCACAUUCCGUAAAAGUGCUCAAAACAAUAGCGCAAUUUAGAAUGCUCUUAUUUUGUCACUUGCAAACUAUUUUUCUCGUUAACAUUUUCACUAUCCGCACUCUGAUCGUCUGAGGCUUCCAGCGAGAACUGGUCCUCAGAUGACUUACGCUUGUGAAACAUUGUUUUGAAUUUGCACUAGUAUCCAAGUCUUUCAUCUUAUCGCAAAAUGCUUCAUGGCUUCAUCUUUCCAUUGAUUCAUUGCUGUAUUUGUUUACCAGUUCUCACUACUGGA